GACUGACAACUCAUGGGGCCCCCGGGCAAUAGGGGAUCAUGGGGCCCCUGUGUCCAAACUCGAAAUCAGGGGCGGACUGACAACUUAUGGGACCCCCCGGGCAAUAGGGGAUCAUGGGGCCCCUGUGUCCUUGCCCAAACUCAAAAAAGCCUAUGAAAAAGGUACCAGGGGCAUCUCAUGGGGCCCCCUACUGACCCCGGGGCCCUCGGGCAGUGCCCGAGUUUCCAAAUAGUCAGUCCGCCCCUG